AUGCACCCAGCCUGGCGCAGCACGGACGGGCGCUGCCAGGCCCCGGGGUGCUCCCAGCACCCGGGUCCCCCCCAGCACCCCACCUGCGGCUGCAGGCCCGCGGGGAUCGAUGGCAGCGGCAGGAGGCCCAAGGUGACCCCGCGAGAGAUCCGUGAAGCCUUCAAGGUGUUCGACCGGGAUGGCAAUGGCUUCAUCUCCAAGCAGGAGCUGGGCACGGCCAUGCGCUCCUUGGGCUACAUGCCCAACGAGGUGGAGCUGGAAGUCAUCAUCCAGCGCCUCGACAUGGACGGCGACGGGCAGGUGGACUUCGAGGAGUUCGUGACGUUACUGGGGCCCAAGCUGUCUACCUCGGGUAUCCCGGAGAAGUUCCACGGCACGGACUUCGACACCGUCUUCUGGAAGUGUGACAUGCAGAAGCUGACGGUGGACGAGCUGAAACGGCUGCUGUACGACACCUUCUGCGAGCACCUCUCCAUGAAGGACAUCGAGAACAUCAUCAUGACAGAGGAGGAGAGCCACAUGGGCACGGCCGAGGAGUGCCCUGUCGACGUGGAGACCUGCUCCAGCCAGCAGAUCCGGCAGACCUGCGUGCGGAAGAGCCUCAUCUGCGCCUUCGCCAUCGCCUUCAUCAUCAGCGUGAUGCUCAUCGCUGCCAACCAGGUGCUGCGCAGUGGCAUGAAGUAG